AUGGGGUCGGACGACCCGCCGAGGGCAGGGGCCCCCGAGGCACCGGAUCGUGACGACAACGCGAGCGUCGCGGGCCAAGCUGGAACCCGCACUGCAGGAGCGCACGCUCCUGUGAACAUGCACGUGGCACCCGGCGCCAAGGGGGCCCUCGGCGCGGGCCACGAUCACCGCCACGGGCCACGAGGCCACGACAGGCAGUGGUACCACGACGCACGGGGGCACUUUGCGCCGCCGCCGGGCGACAAGGCGCACGACGCACCCGGCGAGGCUGCCCCCAAAGAGGAGCGGCCCGAGAGGCGGGCGGACCACACCGAGCUCGCAGAGAUGCCAGCGGAGUUCGAGCGCACCCGCGCGCAGGUCCGAGCACUGCGGGACAAGGCAUGGGCGCGAGCCCUCGAGCAGAGGGCAAGCGACCUCUUCGACGAGAUGGAGAGCGACACCGAGCACCACGAGCUCUCCGGAGACCGGCGGGCCGCUCUACGGCGCGGCGACCCCCGUGCCACCAUUCCGGCAACCCGCCCCGCGACAGCGUCUAAACUCGACUCGCGACUCGUCCGCCCCUCCAAAACCAAAAAUCCCCUGCAAAACUUUUUUCUCCUUUGGUAUUGA